GCACAAACGGCCCCCCAUCACCUCCUCUACCUCAAAAGCAACCCGCAGAUGCUCCCGCCAUGACGACGCAUCACGACAACGACCACGACGACUUCUCCAACGUCACAUGGAGCGACCACGUCCACGACCAGGCGCAGCGCUCCGCCGCCGCAGCCGCCGCCGAGGCUCCCGCGCGCGCCGUGGAGGAGGCCGGCAACAGCUCGACGCAGGGCAUCGGCCGCGAGAAGCUCGAGUGCACGGUUGGGUCGCCCAUCAAGGAGAAUGACGGCACCAAGGAUGCGUUUGUGUCGUAUCUGGUCACCACUCACUCUACGUUCCCGUCCUUUCAGAAAGAAGUCACCACCGUAAGGCGGCGCUUCACAGAUUUCGCCUUUCUGUUCAAGCAGCUGAUGCGAGACUACCCGGCCUGCGCCGUCCCGCCCAUCCCGGACAAGCAGCGCAUGGAGUACGUCCGCGGCGACCGCUUCGGCGGCGACUUCACGGCCCGCCGCGCCCACUCGCUGCAGCGCUUCCUCAACCGCCUGUCGCUGCAUCCCGUCCUGCGCCGGAGCACCAUCCUGCACAGCUUUCUCGAGAGCCCCGACUGGAACGCGACGGUCAAGAGCCGCACGGCUCGCGGCAGCAUAGCGAGCGACCCCGGCGGCUCCAGCGGCGUCUUUGACAACUUUGCGGAUACCUUUAUCAACGCCUUUACAAAAGUCCACCAGCCCGACCGGCGCUUCAUCGAGGUCAAGGAGAAGAGCGACAAGCUCGACGAAGACCUCGGCCACAUUGAAAAGGUCAUUGCGCGCGUGGCCCGCAGAGAGGGCGAUCUCGAAACCGACCUGCGAGACCUGGCAGAGCAGUUCCAGAAGCUCAUCACGCUCGAACCCGGCAUCGAAUCCGCCGUCCACGCCUUUGCCGCCUCCAUCGAGGACACGGCAACCCACCUGCACCAGCUCAAGGACGUCACGGACCAGGAUUAUCUCGGCUCGCUGCGGGACAUGCAGGCCUACUCUCUCGCUCUCAAGAACCUGCUCAAGGCCCGGGAGCAGAAGCAGCUCGAUUACGAGCAGCUGACAGAGUACCUGAACAAAUCAACGGCCGAGAGGGACGCUCUGCGCUCCGGCCACGGCGCGUCCAGCGGGCCAGGCGGCUUCAUCCGGGCCAAGAUUGAAGAUGUCCGGGGCGUGGACCACGAGCAGGCCCGACGGGAACGCAUCCGGAAGCUAGAGCUGAGGGUCGAGGAGCUCAGCACCGAGGUUGAAAACGCGCGCUUGACGAGCGAUCGGUUCGACGACGAGGUGAUUCGCGAAGUGGCCGACUUUGAACGCAUCAAGCGCAUCGAGAUGAAGGCCCAGCUGGGCGGACUGGCCGAUGCGCACGUCAAGUUUUACGGCGAGGUAGCCGAGCUGUGGGAGACGUAUGUCAUGGAGAUGGAGAAGGAGGGCGUUGUUCCCGUGGCGUAA